AUGGUGUCUCAAGAGGCCAAGCUCGAGUUCUUCUACGACGUCAUAUCUCCAUAUACAUAUCUCGCCUGGCAGACACUAAAGCAAUACAGUACCAUAUGGGAUAUCCGUGUGGUAUUACGUCCGGUAUUCCUUGGAGGCAUUAUGAAGGGUAGCAAUAACCGCCCGCCAGCUGUGGUCCUCAACAAGGGAAGGUUCAUGCAGGAAGAUCUCCGAUUACUAGCGGCCGCACCAAACCAGAAGAUACGAGAAAAGCUCACUGACUCCGCCUUCAAGGCUGUCUGGGAGGAUAAGAGUCUCAGAGAUGCACAGAACAAUCUAGCUCAAAUCAAUGACGAGUUUUUACGUGGAAUUUGUACGACCGCCGGCCUCGACGAGACGGAUACCAAGAAGUUGUUUGAGGACGCGAAGACGAUUGGUAAAGCGGAGCUCACUGAUACGACUAGCGAGGCGUUGGAGGUCAGUCAAGUUGGCUGCAGAUUCGAAGACUUCCGACUUCAGAAAUAUAAUGCCUUUGGUGCUCCUACCAUCGUCGUUCAUGUUUGCGGCAAACCACACAUGUUCUUCGGCAGCGACCGUUGGGAGCACAUUGCCUUCCUCCUCAAUAAGGACUAUUACGGCAUUAAUCCGGCGAGGAAAACUCCAAACAGCCGACUUUAA